CAGCAGCAGACAGGCGGCGGCCAGGACUGCGUGACACCCCGGACAACUCAGCAGGGUCUAAACCUGAACCCGUGUUCGUGAUCUUAGCGGUACAUGGAGUCUUCAGGGUGUGGUUGGAAGUCCGAGAGAUGAUGAACCUUCUGGUAGAGGACAAGAGCGCCGAGCGGAGCAAGAGAUCAUGGGGAGGACGCACAUGCUGCAGCACACCGCCGCCCCGCACCGUGACAAUCACCGCCCUGUAAUCUGCUCCCACUGGGUCCGACUGGGAAGGAAACCAUCUGUCUGUGACACGGAGAUGGCGAGACGUCACUAGACGCCCCGGAGAACCGCUCGUCUCCAGAAGAACCAGAACCUAGGAUCUUCAUCACAGGAUUUACAGGAUCCAAAGGAUCCACAUCAAGCGAUGGGUUCCCUGAAGGCUCUGCAGGAGUGGUGCCGCCUGCAGUGCGAGGAGUACAGCGACGUGGACGUGAAGAACAUGUCCUCGUCCUUUCGAGAUGGUCUGGCGUUCUGUGCCAUCAUCCACCGCUUCAGACCGGAUCUCAUAGACUUCUCAACGCUGUCCAAGGAGAACGUCUACGAGAACAACCGGCUGGCCUUCGAGGUGGCCGAGGCCCAGCUGGGGAUCCCUGCUCUGCUGGACCCGGAGGACAUGGUCUCCAUGAAGGUCCCCGACCGCCUCAGCAUCAUCACCUACGUCUCCCAGUACUACAACUUCUUCACCAACAAGUCCCACGCCAACCCCCCGUGCAUGAAGCGGCCGGCGGGGUCGGGGCAGGGCGAGCCCGCCCAGAAGAGGCUCAUGGCCCCCCAGGAAGACACGGCACUGGAGGCUGAGCCUGCCCAGACCGGUUUGGACGCCCCGAGGCUGAAGAGCAGCACUCUGAGCAGCGCCUGCACCGCCUGCCUGAAGCACGUCCACCUGGUGCAGAGGUUCAUGGUGGACGGGAAGCUCUACCACCGCAACUGCUUCAGGUGCAUCGAGUGCAGCAGCACUUUGCUCCCCGGCUCCUACAAGAUGGGCAAGGAGUCCGGCUCUCUGAUCUGCACGCACCACUUCAACCGGCCUGCCUUAGCCAAUCAGAACGGACGGCCGGACCUGAGCCAGCGGCCCGCCGAAGCUCGCUCCGCCCGGAUUGGUCGAUCCCCGUCACGCCAAGAAGACCCGCCUCCCGAGAGCGAGCGGGAAAUGGCAGCCGCCCCCGCGGUCACCUCGCCCGCGGUCACCUCGCCCGCGGUCACUUCGCCCGCGGUCACCUCGCCCGCGGUCGUCUCGCCCGCGGUCGCCUCGGCCGCGGUCGCCUCGGCCGCGGUCGCCGCGCCCACGGUCGCCGCACCCGCGGUCGCCUCGCCGGAUCGGAACGUGUUGCCUAGCGACUGUCCGUCAGAGGUCACGCCGUCGCCCACGCCCGCGACUGCCCAAUCAGACGCUCUGAUCAUCGAGGAGGAGGAACCGUCGGUCCCGCCCAACCCCUUCGGGGACAGCGACGAUGAGGAGGAGGAAGAGGAGGCCAAGAACGAGGAGGAGAAGGAGGUGAUCCAGACACCAGCCAAAGAGACGUCUAACGAUGACACGCCCCCGGCCCCCGUGGGUCCCCCAGGGGGGGUCCCCCGGCCAGUGCCGGUGCCGGCGCCACGCAGGGUUCCUGAGGCCACGCCCCCCCCUCGCCCCGCCCCCAGGGCCCGCCCACAGCCCCCUCCAGAACGCCAGCAGGUCAAAGGUGAGCGUCAGAAGCCUCGGCUGCCGCCGAAGCCCCGGGGACGGUCCCACUCACCUGGCAGCCAAUCAAUUGACUCCCCUAAACCCAAAGACCCUCCCUGGCUUGCCCUGGUCCAAUCAGAAUCAAAGAAGAAGCCGGCCCCUCCCCCACCGCCAGCUGGCCUGGCGACGCCCCCCCGCGCGGGCUCUGUGACCUCCCUGAAGGUCGCGGGGUCGCGACCCGGCCUGCCCCCCAAGCCGGCCCCCGCCAACCCCUUCGACGCCGACGAGGAUGAGGAAGGCGGCGUCGCCGAGGAGGAGGAAGAGGCCGUUGCCGUGCCGACGGUGGCGGCGGCCGUCCACCCAUGGUACAGCAUCACCCAGGCAACGGAGGCGGAGGCUGCGGACACGCCCUCCGGUGGGGGGGCCACCUCGCGCUCCUCCAGCCCCGGGGGGGGCGUGGCCAGGAAGAGGGCCGCCCCCAGGGCUCCAAGGCCCCCGUCGGCCCCCGAGGCCCCGUCGGCCAUCCCAGCCCCCCCUGACUCCCAGCCUUCCUCUUGCUCCCCCUCCCCAGCACUGAGCGCAGAGAGCCUCUCCUCCGGCUCAGACCACGGCCCCUCCCCCAGGGGCCACUCCCCCCGGGGACCCUCCCCCAGCCGGGGCCCCUCCCCCCGGGGACCCUCCCCCAGCCGAGGCCCCUCCCCCCGGGGACCCUCCCCCAGCCGGGGCCCCCACCUGGAGCUCCCCUUCACCAAGAGUGCCUCGGAGCCCUCCAUCAGCUCCCCCCCCGCCUCCCCGUCCUCCUGCUCCGACGAGCCCCGCCUCUCUCUAGGCUCCUCCCCUGCCGACGUGCCGACCAAUACCAGCUCGGCGCCGGCCACCCCUCAGACCAAUCGGAGCGAGGCGGCGAGGAGCCCCAGGCAUCCGCCGCCGCCGCGCCCCCCGACGGCGACCCCGAGCCCCCUGGCCUCGGAGACCCCCGCCGGCAACAGCAAGCGACCGUUUAAGGAGAACCCGUUCAACAGGAAGGCCUCUCCGUCUGACGGCGCCACGAAGACCAGACCCCCGCGAGGCCCCCGGCCUGCCAGACCGCCCGCCCCGGGACACGGCUUCCCCCUCAUCAAACGCAAGGUCCAGUCCGACCAGUACAUCCCAGUGGAGGACAUCCACGAUGAGAUGAGAGGGCUGGAGCGGCAGCUGGAUCAACUGGAGCAGAGAGGGGUGGAGCUGGAGACCAAGCUCAGAGACAGCCCCAGCGACGAGGAGGAGGAGCGCCUCCUGGUGGAGUGGUUCACCCUGAUCCACGACAAACACCUGCUGGUGCGGCGCGAGGCUGAGCUGGUCUACACGUCGAAGCAGCAGAACCUGGAGGAGAGGCAGGCCGACGUGGAGUACGAGCUCCGCUGUCUCCUCAACAAACCCGAGAAAGACUGGAGUGAGGCGGACCGCACCCGGGAGCAGGAGCUCAUGGCCGACCUGGUCACCGUCAUCGAGCAGAGGAACCAGAUCAUCAACAACAUGGACCAGGACCGACAGAGGGACGAAGAGGAGGAUAAGCUGAUGGCGGACAUGCUGAAGAAGAAAGACUUCCACAAGGAGCCCGACGGCGAGGAGAAGAACAAGGAGAAGAAGAAGAAGAAGAAAGCGGCCAAGUUCAAGCCCAUGAAGGUGUUGAAGCGCCUGAGCCACAAGGGGGACCCCAGCCAAACCCCCAGCCCCCGCAAAGACAAGAGCUGAACCCCAGGGCGUCCCAGGCCGUCCAAGGGCGUCCAAGGGGGGGGGGGACUGGACCUCUCCUGUACAGUGCUAGCUAGACCCCCACCCGAUGAGUUAAGGCAAACCCCACCCGAUGAGUUAAGGUGAACCCCACCAGAUGAGUUGAGGUGAACCCCACCAGAUGAGUUGAGGUGAACCCCACCAGAUGAGUUGAGGUGAACCCCACCCGAUGAGUUAAGGUGAACCCCACCCGAUGAGUUAAGGUGAACCCCACCAGAUGAGUUAAGGUGAACCCCACCAGAUGAGUUGAGGUGAACCCCACCAGAUGAGUUGAGGUGAACUCCCCCAGAUGAGUUAAGGUGCGUCCGAGGUGUAAAGCAGCCCAAACCUCGGUUCACCUUCUACCAGCUGGUUGGCUAAAAGAAAACAUCAUUUUUUGUGAUUUUAAUAUAUUUUCGAUUGCUUUGUGUAUUUUUUUUCAAAAGCUGUCUUAACAGCUGCAGCGUUUAAAUAUCGUCUGAUAUUUCUUUAACCGACUUUUAGAUUUCAUCGUAGGCUUGAUUGCACAGUCUAACCCGUUCUCCUAAUGCCUACCUUUUAACGAUGCAACGAGUGAACACAAAACAAGAAGCAGAACACGGAAAGAAUUCAACGUCAUUUUAAUCCCGAGAGACUCCCUCGAAUGAACGGUUCCCCGAUACGAGAGGAGGACGAUUCCUUCGGUUUAGUAACAUGUGGUACGAGAACGGUUACAAAUUGUCCCGUGGUCUGAGAAUGUACCAGCUCCCGUUGUGUCUGAUGGUUUAGCGAUGGAAGUGCUACUUGCUGCUAGGCUACUCUGUGUGUGUUGCAGUGCCCCUGUUUCUUUUUGCUGUGUUCUGUGGCAUUGAAAGGCUGACGUUUAUACGUGCUUUGACAAGAUGUCCAAUGAUGACGGUGUGCAUAAGGCUUGUAAAAAGAGUAUUUUAAUCAGUAUUUUAAUUAAUUUUCUAUUUUGGUGUGUGACUAGAGUGUUCAUAAACUAUUUUGAAUGUAAAAAAAAAAAGACUAAUCUGCAAAUACCGUUUGAUUUUAUGUAGGGAAAGACUAAAAGACUUUAGGAUUCAAUGUUUAAGCUGCGACGAGGAGUGUCAGAAUAGCCUCCCUGAAUAUGCAACUGUUUUAAUUUAUAUUUUUACAACCUCGAUGUGUUCUGCAUCUGUUUGCAAACUGUUGCCUUAAAGCGUGUAAAACUGACCUCAGUGUUGACACUGUUAAUUUUAAUGACCGCAAGGUGCCAUCUUAUUUAAGUGUUCCUGUGUGUUGAAAGAUGAUUGAUACUUUGUCUCUUCUUGUACAUUUAUCUAGCGCUUCUGUUUCUACGUCUAUGAAUUUGCCCUUCAUCUUAAAUGAAUAAUGCUCCAUG